AUGUCAGUCGUUGAGAUUUCCUCAAAGGAGCAAUUCUCCUCACUCCUCAGCUCCUCUCGCCUUGUUGUCGCAGAUUUCUACGCCGACUGGUGCGGACCAUGCAAAGCUAUUGCACCUGCUUAUGACUCGCUGGCGACUCAACUCUCUCGCCCCAAUGCCAUUACAUUCACCAAGAUCAAUGUCGAUCACCAACAAGAGCUUGCCAAAGCCUACGGCGUCACAGCAAUGCCGACUUUCAUCGUCUUCAAGAAUGGCCGCGUGAACCAAACCGUCAAGGGUGCCAACCCCGCACAGCUGAACCAGAUCGUCCAAAAGCUUGCCUCAGAGGCAAGCCAGUCCGACGAUGCGGCCGGAGCUGUCGAAGGAAGCUCUGGCGGUCUUUGGAUCGGCGGCUCGGUGGCCAAGGGCUACAGCGACAUCACAGACCAGGUCGACGGGAAGGGAAUUGAACUGCUGAACCGGGACACCGAGCGCGCAGAGCCGCGCACUCUAUUCGACACCUCAAAGCCGUCCGGCCUAGCGACAAAGGGCAAGGAAAAGGCCAAAGGAAAGGCAGAUUGGGUCGAGAGUGAUACCGACGAGCAGCUGAUGCUGUACAUCCCAUUCCAAGCGACACUGAAGGUCCACUCCAUCCAAAUUACCUCUAUCCCACCUACCGAUGCCGAUGCCGACGACGACGAGGCUCCCAUGCGACCCAAGAGCUUGCACAUCUACAAGAACACAUCGCAUGUUCUUGGGUUCGACGAGGCGGACGGAAUCCCUCCUGUGCAGAAGGUGGAGAUCCAGCCCGGGGAUUGGGACGCGAAAUCCGCAACUGCGACGGUUGGUUUGCGGUUUGUCAACUUCCAGAAUGUGACAUCGCUGGUUCUGUUCUUCGUGGAUGGUGAUGGAGACAGUGAGAAGCUGCGUGUGGAUCGAAUUCGCAUCAUUGGCGAGGCUGGCGCGAAUAGAUCCAUGGGCAAGCUUGAGAAGAUUGGCGACGAGCCUGGCGAGUAA